CAGCAGAGUGAGAUCAGCCUAUGGAGAGCUCAGUCCUGACUCUGGAACCACUGCUGAACCCUUCACACUUUACUGGCCUGCUUUAUCAUAAUCAAUCACCUUCAGACUGAGAUUGAGGAAAUAUUUUGGGGAUUUUUUUUUUCCUAAUGAGCCUAGUCUGACUCUGAUGGAGGUGUAAUAGAGAUUCAGACAAGGAUGAUUCCUGCUAUUAAAAUAUGUACAGUUUUGCUGUGGGAUGAUGGAUAAUCAGCCAAACACAAAUCAUACUAUGGCCACUAGUGACCCGGACACUUACAGCGAACCUCAGCCUGGUGACCUCAUCGAGAUCUUUCGACCGGCGUAUCAGCACUGGGCCCUGUAUCUGGGAGAUGGCUACAUCGUCAACCUUACACCAGUCGAUGAGACCCAAGCAGCCGCAAUGUCCAGCGUGAAGUCAGUGUUCACUCGGAAGGCUGUGGUGCGGAUGCAGCUCCUGAAGGACGUUGUGGGGGGAGAUACGUUCCGUGUCAACAAUAAAUAUGACAGCAGUCACACACCUUUGCCCGUGUCUGAGAUCAUUGAGCGAGCACAGCUACUGAUUGGGCAGGAGGUGUCAUAUGACCUGUUGGGCAGCAACUGCGAGCACUUCGUCACCCUGCUGCGAUAUGGCGAGGGAGUAUCUGAGCAGGCAACACGUGCUAUCGGGGCGAUAAGUUUGGUGACGGCAGCAGCGAGUGCCUUCUCUAUGCUUGGCUUCAUCAAUGCUCGCAACAGGAACAGACCUUUCUGAUGUUACUGCAACUCAUAAAUUCAGACCUUUAGUUAUAUGCACACUGGAAAUGAGUCAGAUCACAUUUGUUAACCCUUAAACGUGUGCAUUUAGUGCUAAUUAGUUUGUGAUAAUGAUUUUGGCUUUGUUCUUUGACACAGUGUGCGUACAGUUUAGUUAUUUAAUGUGUAAUAAAGUAUAUAUUAUAGCAUUAUAGCAAAUUAUAAGUAUAGCUAAAAUUGUCUAUUCUCUUCAUUCUGAAAUGUCUGGAGGAUGAUUAUGCAUGAAGUGUCAAUUUUUGAAUGCAUGAUGAAGUAAUGUGAGUUAGUGUACGGGUUUUUAAAGUUGUUUAAAGCUUAAAUAAGUUUAAAGCUACUUUUUGAUACUACUUUUUAAAGUUGUUACAUAUAUACAGAGAUAUAACAGCAUUUUUAUAUUAGCAGGGCUAAGAGAAGUGUUGCUGAAGAUGAAUGAAUGAAUGAAUGAAUGAAACACAGGUCUCGCGCCUAUAAUUUCAGACCUCAUUUCCCACAAUACUUCGAAGUUUCCGGACGCCAUUUUAACCCCAGGGAAACCCCGUAGUAUCUGGAACCGUUUAAAAUGUGUUCUACUGCAAUAUUCCUCCGUCGCUUGAUAUAGUUCAUAAACUGGUGUGUUGUACAUUAUACUUUUGCAUUGUGAGCUUGUAUUUCCCUAAUAGCGCGUUAAAAAAUGGUGUUCAUUCGUUACAAUAAAAUGGGAUGAAACCUG